GAGCUGUAAUUGUCCUAAUCGUCGGCUAGCCCCGAGUGGAGUGCAGGGACCUGAUCUCGCUUCGCGCGGCGUGGACCUCGGACCAGCACGCGGACCUGUGUACGGCCGGCCGGGCCGCGACCCCGGUCUCUGGGGCGUUUGGUGGCUUGUUCGCUAUGUGCAUAGGUGUGACAGAUCCAGAGACCGCAGCGCCCCAGUAUAUCCAGGACGGCACACCCGGCGUGUGUAUCUGACAGGCUGGAGAAGAGGCUGUCUGUUCUGCCUGGUGUGAGGAAGCACGGCCCCGCCAUGGCUGAGUCCUACAUGCACAAGCUGUGCCGCGCCCUGCUGGACGCCAUCACCGACAAGGACCCUGCGGUGCAGGAGCAGGUGUGCAGUGCUCUGUGUGCCCUCGGGGAGGCGCGGCCCGGGCAGCUGCUCCGUGCCUGCGAGGAGCACCUGCGGCGGCACGACAAGUUGGCGCCUCCAUACCGAGCCAUGGUUCUCAGGGCCAUGGAGAAGGUCCUAAGCAACCACGCCAGCGAGCUGGACAAGGACACAGCCAGCAGCGUCAUCCUCCUGGCCUCCAGCGAGAUGACGAGGACAAAGGACUUGGCGUGUGACUGGCAGCAGGCGGCAAGUGGCGUCCUGGUGGCUGUGGGGACACGCUUCAUCAACAGGGUGAUGGAGGAGCUGCUGGGCAAGCUCCAGCCCGGGGUCCUGCCACACUGCUCUGUCGUACGGACCUUCGCCAGCCUCGCUGCAGACAACGCCUUUGGCAUGGUGCCCUUCCUGCCGUCCAUCCUGAGCACCCUGCUGCCCGUGCUGCCGCAGGUCAAGCACGACGCUGUGAGGGCGGUGUACUGCUAUGCCUUCCAGCGCUUCAGUGAGAGUGCCCUGGAGUACCUGGCCAACCUGGACCAAGCCCCAGACCCCACAGUCAGGAAGGACACCUUUGCCUCUGACAUCUUCUGCGCCUACGACCUUCUCUUUCCCAGCUGGCUGCAGAGCCGAGAAGCCAAGCUCCGGCUGGCUGUGGUGGAGGCCCUGGGCCCCAUGAGCCACCUGCUGCCCAGUGAGAGGCUGGAAGAGCAGCUGCCCAGGCUCCUCCCCGGGGUUCUAGCACUCUACAGGAAGCACGCAGAGGCCUCCCACGUGUCUAAGAGCCUGGGCCAGAUCCUCGAGGCGGCCGUGAGUGUGGGCAGUCGUACCCUGGAAGUCCAGCUUGACACCCUGCUGGCUGCUCUGCAUGCCCAGAUGUGCAUGCCUGUGGAAUCCUCAAGCCCCCUGGUGCUGAGCAACCAGAAGGAGGUGCUGCGCUGCUUCACCGUGCUGGCUGGCUGCUCCCCUGAUCGCCUGCUGGCCUUCCUGCUCCCCAAGCUGGACAUCGGCAGUGAGCGGCUCCGCGUGGGCACCCUGCUCACCCUGAGACACAUCAUCAACUCGGCUGCACCACAGAUGGAGGUGAAGAAGCCCUUCAUUCUCUCAGCCAUGAGGCUCCCUCUUCUGGACAGCAGCAGCCAGGUGAAGCGGGCUGUGGUGCAGGUGAUCAGUGCCAUGGCCCACCACGGCUACCUGGAGCAACCCGGGGGUGAGGUGAUGGUCGAAUACAUCGUGCAGCAGUGUGCGCUACCCCCUGCACAGGAGCCUGAGAAGCCGGGCCUGGACGGCGACGACCCUGCGGCGGACAGUGUGCGGGCCAUCAGCGUCCGCACGCUCUACCUGGUCAGCACCACCGUGGACAGGAUGGGCGACGUGCUCUGGCCGUACCUGCUCACACUCCUCAUCCCCGUGCGCUUCACCGGGGCCCUGACCCCACUCUGCCGGAGCCUCCUACACCUGGCCCUGAAGAGGCAGGAGGCCGGGGCCGAUGCCUCCCUCAUCCAGCAGGACGCCAAGGUGAACCUCCCAUCUCCCUACGCUGUGACCACGAGACUCCUGGUCGUGUCCUCCAGCCCCUGCCUGGCAGACGGGCGCGCAGCAGCUGCCCUGCGGCUCCUGAAUGUGCUGCAUCGGGACAUCCACCCCCUGCUGGGCCCACGGUGGGGAAGGACCAUCCCCCUUUUGCUGGAGUACCUGGACGAACACACUGAGGACAGCUUGUCGCAGAAGGACUGGGAGGAGAGGCUGCUGACGUUCCUGAGAGACACCCUGGCCACCGUCUCUGACAACACGUGGAUCCGCCAGUUGAGCCUGGAGAUGUGCAAGCAGCUGCCCUGUUACAACGGGAUGCCCCAGGAGAAGAACUUCCUGUACCAGUGCAUCGGGACCGCCCUGGGGGCAAGCCGGGAGGGCGUGAGAGAGCACCUCCGGGAGCUGUUGGCCACAGCCAGGUACCAGGAAGAGGCCGAGCACGAGGGCCUCGCCUGUUGCUUUGGGAUUUGUGCCGUCUCCCACCUUGAGGACACCCUGGCCCAGCUGGAGGACUUCGUACGAUCAGAUGUGUUCAGGAAGUCCGUCGGCAUUCUCAGCAUCUUCAAGGACCGCGGUGAGCACGAGGCGGCCAAGGUGAAGAGCACGCUGCUUCUCUGCUACGGACAUGUGGCCGCGCGAGCCCCCCGCGAGCUGCUGCUGGCCAAGGUCGAGUCAGACAUCCUUCGGAACAUGUCCCAGCACUACAGCACCAAGGUUCUGGGAGUGAAGGUAGAGACCAAGGACCCGGCCCUGAAGCUGUGCCUCGUCCAGAGCUUGUGCAUGGUGUGCCAGGCUGUCUGUGCCAGCACGCAGCCCCGCUCCUUCCCACUCCCAAGCAAAGCCGAGCUGGUGGCACAGAUGAUGGAGUUCAUCAGGUCGGAGCCCCCAGAUGCUCUGCAAACGCCCAUCCGGAAGAAAGCCAUGCUCACCUGCACAUACCUGGUCCCCCUGGAGCCAGCCCUGGGAGAGCAGGCACGGGCAGAUAUGGUCCAGACCUGCCUGCACAGCGUCCUGGCCCUGCCCCCUGAGCCCGAGGGCGAGGGCUGCAGCUGCCAGGAGUCCUUGUACCUGGACACGGUACGCGCCCUUGAGGACCUGCUGACGAGCCUCCUGCAACGGAGCAUGACCCCCCAGGGCCUGCAGGUCAUGGUUGAGCACCUAAGCCCGUGGAUCAAGUCCCCGAGGGGCCAUGAGCGAGCGCGUGCCCUUGGCUUGAGUGCCUGCCUGCUGCGGUACUUCCUGGAAUACCUACACGUCAGCGCCCUAGUGCCCUUCCACAACCUGGGCCUCCUCGUGGGCCUCUUCUCCCCACGGUGUGCGGACCUGUGCCCUGCCACACGCCGGGAUGCCGUGGGCUGUGUCCACUCUCUGCUUUACCUGCAGCUGGGCUACGAGGGCUUUGCCCGGGAUCACCAGGAUGACGUGGUCGAGCAGCUCCUCGCACUCAAGGGCAGCCUGGAGCACCCUGACCCUGCUGCCCUCUUCCACAUCUGCCACAGCGUGGCCCAGGUCAUCACCAGGCGCCUUCCGUCAGACCAGCUCAUCAGCCUCUUGCUAACCUUGUUCGAGGGUCUGGGAGACCCUGACAAGAACUGCUCCCGGGCCGCGACCGUCAUCAUCAACUGUCUGCUGAAGGAGCGGGGCGGCUUGCUGCUGGAGAAGGUGCCCGAGAUCGUCAGCGUGCUGCGCUCCAAGCUGCAGGAGGCCCACGAGGAGUGCGUCCUGCCGGCGGCCCGGCACAGCGCGUACCUCCUGGCAUCCCAUCACUGUGCGGCCGUCGUGUCCAGCCUGCUGGGCAGUCCCUUGCCCUUCGACAGGUAUCCCGUGCCACAAGCCUGCGGGAAAACAGGGCCUUGGGCCACUGCACUCCACACCUGCACCCUGUGGCAAGCACUGGCUGUGGAGCCUGGCCUCACUGCCCAGGUCCUAGAGCUGCUCUUGGAGAAGAUGAACCGAGACGUCCCCUUCAAGGAGAGCCGGUCCUUUCUGCUGGGCAGCACUCCUGACCGUGUGGCCACACUGCUGCCCCUGGCGGCCACCUGUGCACUGUUCGAGGUUGUGUCUACGCCAGCAUCUGCACCCGCAGUGCGAGAGCUCUACCCACGGCUGUUUGUGGUGCUCCUGCUGCGUGUCGGCUGCACCAUGGGUGUCCAGCUGCCCCGGAACCUGCAGGCCAAGGAGAGGAGGGCUGCUGGUGCAGCCGCAGCCACCAGGACUCUGGAGCCCUGCAGCUCUGCGGUGGACACCCUGCAGGCCAUGCUGCUGCGGGGUGGCAGUGAGGACGUGGUGCAGUGCAUGGAGGCAGAGGGAGGCUGGGGGUUGCUCAGGACUUCCACAGGACAUGAGGACGGGGUAGCCCGACUGGCCAGUGCCAUGGCCAAGCAUGCGGGACCCCGGCUGCCCCUGGUGGUGAAGGCGCUGGUGAGCACACAGAGCAGUGUGUAUGAGGCUCAGAGGGUCACCGCCACGGCCUUCCUGGGUGAGCUGGUCCGCAGCAACGUGGUGAAUGACCUGAUGCUUCUCGAGCCACUGCUGGACAGUCUGGCCGCCCGGCAGAAGGACUCCUGCUCCAGCGUCCGGCGGCUGGCCCUCCGUGGCCUGGCCAACCUUGCCUUCGGCUCCCCUGAUAAGGUGCGGGCUCACGGCACCCAGCUCCUGUCAGCCAUGAUCAGUGGGCUGGACGACGGGGACGACCCGCAUAGCCUGGUGGCCCUGGAGGCCAUGGUGGGCCUUGCGGGACUGCUGGACCUGGUGGCGCCCUGUGACCUGCGUUUGGUGGUGCUGCAUGUGGCCAUCCGCACCAGGCCCUUCUUUGACAGCGAGAAGGCGGAGUUCCGGACUGCAUCCAUCCGGCUCUUUGGGCACCUCAACCAGGCCUGCCUGGGAGACUGCGAGGAAGUCUUCCUGGAGCAGGUAGCUGGCGGGCUGGUGCCCUUGCUGCUGCACCUGCAGGACCCCCAGGCCCCAGUGGCCAGCGCCUGCAGGUUCGCCCUGCGCAUGUGUGCUCACAACCUGGAGUGCGAGGAGCUGGAGGCCGCCUUUGAGAAGCACCUGCAGGAGGGCAGGGGCCUGCACUUCGGGGAGUUUCUCAACAUCACCUGCAAGCACCUG